AUGGAAAGAAAGCCUAUUCAAGCUCAAAGUCAAAGGAAGCCAUCUGCUCCUCCCAGGUCUCCCAGUCCUCAGAAAGCAAGGGUGCCAAGCCCCCAGAAGCCCCCUGUACCAAGUUCUCAAAAAUUGAAGCCUCCAUCACCUGUACCUCAAAUUGUUGAACAAGGACCUACUGACUCUGAAUUGUUUGAAGAUUCUGAUGUGGAAGAUGGAGAAAGCUCUGAGUUGGACUUGUCCAGUGACUCUGAUAGAAAUGCCAAGACUAAUACUCUAGGUAGUACAAUGGGGUCUUUAGGGGCAACAGGGAUGGGAGAAUUGACACUUACGCGAAGUCUGAGACUCAGAGAAGCUUUAAAGAAAGACCCUACUCUCCUAGAAGGUAUGCGGGAAGCUAUAGAAGAUAUCUUAGAUGAGCAACUAGAAGAAAAGCAUGGAAUUAAACCUGAUGCUGAAGGUAUAACAACAAAGGUCUUCAACAACAAGAUGUCCACUUUGAAACAACAGAGACAACAAACACAUGCAAAGAAAUAUCCAAAGUUCUUUGACAUUCGCCAGCAGAUGCUCAGAGAAGUUGAUCGUAUUGCUAAAGAGAGAAUGCAAGCGAAGAAAUCUAGUCCAAAACCAGGCCCAAGCCCGACAAAAGAGAGAGCAGUACCCCAGGCAAAGGUGAAGAAAUCAAAGCAGAAACGUGCCCCACCCCCCAGGCCUGCCCCCAGGACCCCCAGUCCUAGUAAAGAGAGGGGACCAGCCAUGUCCCAGACAAUGUCUACUACAGGAUCUGCUAGUCAGUGGGACUCAGGUGAGGAUAACUCCGAGGAUUACACUUACUCCAGUGAGGAGGAAGAUCCCCCAGACUACCACUCGUUACCUAGCAACAAACACAACAACAAAAAUACUCCAACACCUAAUUCCCAGACAAAACCUGUGUCAAAAUCAACUCCAAAAUCACCUAAACCAACAACGCCGAAGAAAUCAUCGGAAACUAGUUUUACAGGAUUCGGUCGAGGGACGGCGGCUGUUCAGUUUGAAGAUGAGGAGGAUGGUGAGGAAUCAGAGUGGGAUUCCGAUGCAAGUGAGUUGGCUGAACUGAGUCCAAGUAAAGUGAAUGCUCCUAAAAGAGUGGAUGCAGAAUCCAAGGGAGGGUCAGUUGCAGAAAUUGCCAAGAGUAUAGAACAACAACUUCAGGGAAGGGGAAAUGGUAAACCCCCUGCAGGUGGAGUAGACACAAUGAAAUCCACUCUUUCUCCAGGCAGAGAUUCAAGGAGUCCUGCAACUCCUGACAUACAGAUGCUAGAAGAUGACGCAGAAGAAGAUCCCGAGGAUGACUGGAGUGUAUCAUCUCUCGGGGAAAAUAAUUCUGACGUCCCUCAGAAAAAACAACAGCAAAAGAAACCAGUUAGGCGAGGUACAGGGGGAGACACUGACUUCUCAACAAACACAUAUGGUACAAGUGUGUGGGGAUCGUCGUCAAAAGCCGCUAGUACAGUGAAUCCAGGGGGAACACAAGGCAGUCACACCACCAAAAGUUCUGUAAGCGUCACAAGCUGGGAUUCCGAUGAAGAUCUUGAUUUGGAUGACCUCUAGUUGACCGUGAGACCUCUGGAUGACCUUAUGACCUCUGGAUGACCCUUGUGAUCUCCAUAUGACCUCUGGCUGGCACUUGUGACCUCUGGAUGACCCUUAUGAGCUCUAGAUAACCUCUAGUUGACUGUGAGACCUCUGGAUGACCAUGUGACCUCUGGAUGACCCUUGUGA